GAGUAAGACUUGGAAAAUAUCUGGUCACCUAAUUUUUUUUUUAAAGAAAAGCUUCAUCGUAUUGAUUAAUUUAAAAAAAAUAUUUAUUUGUGGAAAUGCUAAGGUCUAAUCAGGGUCUUCCAUAGUCUAAGGAAGUGUCUCUGACUGAGCUACAUUCCAGCCGUGUAAGUCGUUUUAAUUACUGCCAAGAUGCAAAAGCAUAUUUUUUUUUCUGAAGACCUAAGGUAGGUCUUCACACAGAAACACACACACACACACACACACACACACACACACACACACACACACACACACGAUAAUAAAUACGUGAGGAGGCACAUGUCAGGUUGAAUCCACACACACUGCUCAUCUUUAAAGUUAAGCUUGAGAGUUUCUGAGGGAAACCUCCAGGUCUCUUAUCUACAGAUCCCAGCAGGGACGAUUGCAUACCCCUGUUGGACUCCAGGGAUGUGAUUGUCUGCUUGUCCUCAUUCACUGAACCUAAGAUUCUAUUCCCCUUACAUUGGAUUGCCAAGCUGUUUCCUGGAAGAAGAAAUAUUUACCCUUUUCCAGGUGUGUGACUAUGCUUCUUUGUCCUCCCUUGGCCUGUUCUCAUCUGAGUGCUUCGAAGGGUGAAUCAUCUUCUCCCAACCUCAAAGCACCACAGACUGAUCUUGGAAUUGUAAAGGCAAUUUAUAUUUCUCACAUUACAAAUUGUUAUCAAUCUAAGUUUCUUACCAUGCUGACUUCUGGGGGGAAAGUGGUGGAGAUAGAACCUAGGACUUCCUACGUGACACUCUACCACCCUAAUUAAAGCCCCUAAUUUAAAAACACAUGAGUGUGAGUGGUAGUGUUUGUGUUUGCUGUUAAUUGCUUAGAGCUUUUCCCAUUCCAAAGACUGCUUUUAUGUCCUGGAUACUGAUCCUUUCCUCUUUUCUUCCCUUUCUUCUAGCUCUACACAUUUGCUCGCUGGAUUCUAACAGGAAGACCCAUCUCUCCUUGUGUGUCUUCUGAGCUUUGGUUCUUCCUUUACUAUGAUCUGCAGCCCAAUAGCACUGUUCCAUAUGCAUGCCUUCCUAGCAUGUAGACAGAUCAUGGCAUUUGCUAAAUGACCAACUCUCUGAUCUACUGUUGGAGAGUAGCUGCCAGCUUUCCUUACAAACGACAACACAGUGAACUUGGACGUUUGUCUUCCACGUUUCCGACCACCAUGGUGCCUGUGUUACUAAUUCUUAUGGGAGCUUCGGCAACACUGCAUGCUGACUUACUUUCUCCUGAAAAGUUUUUACUUCUGCCACCUGUCAAUUUUACCAUUAAAGCCACCGGAUUAGCUCAAGUUCUUUUACACUGGGACCCAAAUCCUGACCAAGCUCCUGUGGAUCUAGAGUACCAUGUGAAAAUAAAUGUUCCACAAGAAGACGAAUAUGAUACUAAAAAUACUGAAAGCAAAUGCGUGACCCCACUUCAUGAAGGCUUUGCAGCGAGUGUAAGGACCAUUCUGAAGAGCAUCCACUCUCCCCUGGCCAGCAGCUGGGUUUCUGCUGAACUCAAAGCUCCACCAGGAUCUUCUGGCACCUCGGUUAUGAAUUUAACUUGUACCACAAACACUGUCAAAAGUAGCCACACCCACUUCAGGCCAUACCAAGUUUCUCUUCGUUGCACCUGGCUUGUUGGCAAGGAUGCCCCUGAGGACACACAGUAUUUCCUAUACUAUAGGUUUAGUGUUUGGACUGAAGAAUGCCAAGAAUACAGCAAAGAUGCACUGAACAGAAAUAUUGCAUGCUGGUUCCCCAGGACAUUUAUCAACAGCAAAGGGUUUGAACAGCUUGCUGUGCACAUUAAUGGUUCAAGCAAGCACGCUGCAAUCAAGCCCUUGGAUCAGCUGUUCACUCUAUAUGCCAUUGAUCAAGUGAAUCCUCCAAUGAAUGUCACAGUGGAAAUUGAAAACAAUUCUCUCUAUAUACAAUGGGGAAAACCACUUUCUGCCUUUCCAGUCCAUUGCUUUAAGUAUAAACUGAAAAUUUACAACACAAAAAAUGGUUACUCUCAGAUGGAAAACCUGGUCACCAAUAAGUUCAUCUCAAAAAUUGAUGAUGUUUCUACAUAUUCCAUUCAAGUGAGAGCAGCUGUGAGCUCACCUUGCAGGAUGUCAGGAAGCUGGGGCGAGUGGAGUCAACCGAUUUAUGUGGGAAAGAAAAAGAAGCCCUUGGUAGAAUGGCAUCUCAUCGUGCUCCCAACAGCCAUCUGCUUCAUCUUGUUAAUCUUCUCACUCAUCUGCAGAGUGUAUCACCUAUGGACAAGGUUGUUUCCACCAGUUCCGGCGCCAAAGAGUAGCAUCAAAGAUCUCCCUGUGGUGACUGAAUAUGAGAAACCUCCUUGGAAUGAAACCAAAAUUGAAAUCGUACAUUUUGUAGAAGAGGAUGGAUUUGAAGUCAUGGAAAAUUCCAUGUUUUGAUGACAUCGUGAUAUUCUGAAAUGAACUCAUACAGGACUCCUCAAUAAGAGCAAGGACUGAUAUUUCUUGGCAAGGAGGUAUUUCAAAUGAACACUCAAUUUGAUUGCAAGUCAACAACACAUCCAGACACACCAGUCACCAAUAUCCCAUCGCUUAAAGUGUGCAUGCCUCACCCAAACCUCCUUGCUAACAGCACAGCAACAGACUCAUCCAAGCAUGGGACCUUGGUUUCCUACACAAAGCACCAUAUUGCCUGGUUAUACCAGUAUGUCUUUGCAAUCUGCUUGACUGGAUCUUUUUGCACAGGAGACCAUUUUUCAAGCUAAUGUCAUACAUGUUUGUGUUGGCUUAAGUUGGCUGUGAUAGCACUCAACUACAGUGACAGGAAGAAAGGAUGGAACUCAUCCUGAGUGAACCCAAAUUCACGAUUGUCUUUCCUGAAGCAAGUGGGAGACACAAUUUCAUGGUGCUUUGAGGCAUAGAGUGACAUGGGGGCAGAUACAAAGACUAUGUCCCAUAUGUCCCUAUGUUCCAUAGGCCCGGUCAAGGAAAUGCCUAAGUCAAAGUAAACUUAAAAAAACACACCAAGUCAUCCCAUCUGGGGCUUAGGAAAUGGCUUAGUUGAUAAAGAAGCCUGAGGGCCUGAGAUUGGUCAACAAGCAUCAAGGAAAAAUAGCAACAAUAAUAAUAACAAAGAGUGCAAGUAGCACAUGCCUGUAAUCCUUGAGUUGGGAAACAGAGACAAGAGACUCCAUGGAAGUUGUUGGCCAACCAGUUUACCCAAACUGGUUGUUUCUGCUUCACUGAGAGAUUAUGUCUUAAAAAUAUAAGGUGGAGAGUGACUGGGAAGAAGCCCUGAUCUGACCUCUGCCAUAUAUAUGCAUACACAUAUACACACAUGAACACAUAGACACUAAAGGCAUUAUUCCCCAUUGAAAUAAAAGACAGGAACUUGUUCAAGGAUUAUAUUUUUCAAGGCAUUUAGGUACUCUGGAAGUGAACUGAGGAAGACAUUGAACAUAAUUCUGAUGCAGAGGUCAUUGCUGGAUCUAGAAUUUACUUCCUAAAGAGAUGUUUGGUGAAAGAGACUUCAUGGCAACUUAUUGGUCAACUAGAGCUUAGUUAACCCUAAUCUCUGAGAUUAGGGUUUCAAGUAAGCCACGUCAGUACAUAUUACAAUUGUAUAGAAAUAUAUUCCCUAAAUAUCUUCAUAUAAUGAAGCUGUAUCUAUAGGCCUUUUUGAUGGGCAAACACAACUAUGUGUUGGGACAAGGAAUAAUUAGUGAUAGAAGGGGCCCUAGUGGUGGUGAUUUUACAUAGAUAGCCCUGAAGAGCUUGAGACAAUGAAAGAAGACAAAGGCACUAAAAAUCCACACUUUUUAUAUACUUUAUAGAGCUGGUUUAGUCAGUUUUCAUAAUCUGGGUUAAGUGCACAGGAGGUACCAAGUAUCCCUUCCAUGGCCUUUAUGAAUCAGUGUAUAACCAUCCACUCUUCUUUGCUCAGAAUGAAAGGUACAGCAGUCAUGGACAACUGCCAAUGUGGAUUUUCUCUGAAGGGCCACAGCACCAUACUGCAGUCUCUGCACAUCUCUCUGCUCUUUACAAGUCUGUACUGUGUCAAGGUCACAUAUAUUGCUGCUCCCUCCCUCCCAUUAAAGAUCCAGUAAAUGGGGAUGAGAAAGGUCAAUUGUUAGGAAAGGGUACAGUAGUGAACUUAAUAUCAGACUCAGAGGAGUUCAGUAGCACAGAGGAGACUAUCACAUAAAAGCUGAGGUUAGCUUUAAGGGUCAGAUCAGAAAGUUGAGGCUAGUGGAAGUGGAAGUGUUGCUAUAAGAGGCACAGUGUUUAUUUGAGCAAUUCACUGAUCAAGAAUUAAUGAAAAUAGUACUAAAGACUGUCUGUAAUGGACACUAUAAUGGUCUGUCUAUAAUGGUCUGACUGAGCAGGUCUGGGAUGGAGUCAGGAAUUUGCAAGAUCAGCAAUUCUCAAGUAAGGCUUAUGCUGUAGAUCUGUGAUAUAAUAUGAGGAACAUAAAAACUUUGAAAGCUGCCUGAUGAAAGAACAACACAUGGAAAUGACCAACCCCAAGAGUUCUCUGUCUCUUGUCUUGCAAACAAAGCAUAGAAAUACCAUUUUGGAAAACCACCUCUACCUUGGAGGGUGGAGAGGGAGUAGGGGAGCUGCCCUCAUAUAAGACAAAUUCUUCAUGUUAUGUGUAUAAUUCUUUCUUCAGAGAUGCAUUCCUAGACCUAGAAGCCAGCACUUCUCUGGGCUUCACAGAUCUCCUGACCCCAUCCCUGGUGGAUGUUAUCUAUCAUCUAAUCCUGCUGCAUGUAUAAAAAGUAGUAAAAAUAGUUCUUGUGGCCAUGUCAA